AUGCAGACCCUGGGCCAGACUCUGUCACUGCUACAGAAGUCGAACGAACCUGUGCCCGACGACAGCACCGCUUCUGCUACCGAAUUGCCAAUUGCUGUCUCUGAGGAAUCGACAAACGAUGCCGAGGCUAUAUCAGACAACCAACGACCUGCGAAGAAGAAACGAUUGAACGGCGAGAAGGUUAAAUAUCCCACCCUCACUUAUGUUGAAGGCCGACAGCUGCAAUCCUCAAUCCGUAUCGCCGACCUCCAGAAUUUGCUGCUGUUCUGCUUCGCAGAUGGCAUUGCACCACAAUGGAUAGCUGUUAAGAAUAGCACUCGUAUCCGGAAGGCAGUAUUCUUGAUGGUUCCUGGAUUAGAGCUAGGAAUGCUUGACGGAACAGUUCCUUUGGAUGCACCGCAAGUGAAAGAAGACACUGGAGAUAAGCCGGCUGGUGAUGGCGUUGAUACAAGGGCGGCUGAGUUCGCAAGAUGGAAAGAAGGUCUGCCACCUGAGGACCGGUCUCACUUGUUCAGCCCCCGUCCUCUAUCCACCAGCACCGUCCCUGAACCUUUACAGCCUUUAGCAAACAUCUUUCCCCACGCCUGGCCAAUCCGGGCACCUGGGGAUUCAAAGUAUAACAAAGUUCACUCACCUUUGCAAGCUGUUCUUAUGGCCCCUCUACCUAAAAACAAAGAUAAAAAUGGGAAAGGCCCGAAGCCGCCUCGAGUCGACAAAAAUCACACACCAAAGCGAACUCCUAUCACAACGUUCAUAAGCCCAGUUGGGGAACUACGAGAGAAUGAGUAUCCUCUACACCCUGCGCUUUCAGUAUCAGAAGAGGAGAAGUUGAUUUUGGACGAGACUCGGAAACGAGCCGGCCAGUCUACGGAGGAUGGGUGGGUAGACACUCAUGUAGAAAGCAUCGAAGCUGGUAUCGUCCCUGAAGCUGAGAUUCAGCAAGGGAGUAUGACGGCAGGACGUGACAUAAUCGCCUUGGAUUGUGAGAUGUGCAUCACUGAAGGCGGUAAUUCAGAGCUCACCCGCAUCAGCUUGGUCCGCUGGGAUGGCGAGGUUGUACUGGACGAGCUUGUAAAGCCAAAGUUGCCUGUGAUUGACUAUUUAACCCGAUUCUCAGGAAUCACCGAGGAGAUGUUAGACCCUGUCACUACUACACACGCGGAUAUCCAGCAAAAGCUACUUUCCAUCAUCACUCCUCGCACGAUCCUUGUCGGCCACUCGCUUAACUCAGACCUAAACGCCCUGAAACUGACCCACCCCUUCAUUGUCGACACUACAUUUUUAUACCCUCACCCUCGCGGGCCCCCACUCAGAGCAAGCCUGAAAUGGCUUACCCAGAAAUACCUCGGCAAGGAAAUCCAGAAGGGCACGACAGGCCACGAUUCCAUCGAAGAUGCACGUGCCGUCCUCGAGCUCGUCAAACAAAAAUGCGAAAAGGGUGAACAGUGGGGCACAAGCGACGCCUCCAACGAGAGUAUCUUCAAACGCUUAGGUCGGCAUACCCCUCCUGGGAAGGCAGAUGCAACCACCACGGGUCGCACAGGCGCGGUCGUUGAUUGGGGCAGCCCCGAACGUGGCCUGGGUUCGCAGGCCACCGCCUCGAUUGGAUGUGGCGAUGAUGAUGCCGUGGUAAAAGGUAUCUCCGCUGCCGUAAAUGGAGAUGAGGGUAAUUCAUCUAUCCCUGGAGAUGGGGUUGAUUUCACCUGGGCUCGAAUGCGUGAACUUGAAAUCUACCGGGGAUGGUGCAACCGGAUCCCGGACCCAAAGAAUGCCAACGAAUCGACAACCAUCACCGAAGAAACGGACUCCCCGUCCAAGACGCUAUCAAGCUUCGUCUCGCGGACCGUCUCCCGGAUUAAUGAGGUCUAUGAAUCUCUUCCCGCCCUCACGCUUUUUGUUGUGUACUCCGGAACUGGUGAUCCUCGGGAGGUGGGCCGUUUACAGGCCAUGCAAAGGCUUUUCCGUGACGAGUACCAGUCGAAAAAGCCGUGGGAUGAGUUGACCGUCAAAUGGACGGAUACCGAAGAACAGGCUUUGAAGAAAGCUUGUGAACGUGCUAGGGAGGGUUGUGGAUUUAUGUGUGUGAAGUAG